GGUUGAGCACAUUGUUCUUGCGCGGUACAGUUUGUUUCAGAUAGUAAUGAAUGAAUUCAUAAAACAAUAACAAAUCUAUAGCUUAUACUUAACGUUUAAUUGUGUCCGGAGAAAACUCUUUGAAUUUGACGGCUUUUGUAUAUAAUAUAAUAUUAAAAGAUAAUUGCAGUUCAUCCACUUGAGCAGAGAUGGCUGGAAUUCUGUUUGAAGAUAUCUUUGAUGUAAAAGACAUAGAUCCAGAUGGCAAGAAGUUUGACAGAGUGUCUCGUCUACAUUGUGAAAGUGAAUCCUUCAAGAUGGACCUCAUCUUGGAUGUGAACAUUCAGAUUUAUCCUGUUGAUCUUGGCGACAAGUUCAGACUGGUGAUUGCCAGCACUUUAUAUGAAGACGGAACACCAGAUGAUGGGGAGUAUAAUCCUCAAGAUGAUCGGCCAUCUAGAGCUGACCAGUUUGACUAUGUGAUGUACGGAAAGGUCUACAAGAUUGAAGGUGAUGAGACUUCAACAGAAGCUGCCACACGUCUCUCUGCCUAUGUGUCUUAUGGAGGCCUUCUCAUGAGGCUGCAGGGAGAUGCCAACAACCUUCACGGUUUUGAAGUGGACUCCAGGGUCUACCUGCUCAUGAAGAAGCUGGCUUUCUAAACCUCAGUGUCCUCACCCACUCACCUGGUUUCUACCACUGUCACAGUUGACAUCAAAGUCAUAGUAAACUGGAUACCAAAAAACUUCAUGUUACUAAGUCUGGAGCGUAUGAGCAGCUUAAAGACGGAAUACACAGACUCUUAAGAGUAUGUCUGUAUUUUUCCUGUUGGUUGAUUGACAGUGGUUCCACCAAGGAGACAGAUAAGAGACUAAAGACCUUGAUGCAUAAAAAUUGCUGCAACCUUGCAAACUGUAAAUAAAGAUGUCUUUUUAUACAAAA